AUGGAAAACGUACUCUCGCCUGUAAUUGGAGAGUCAGUCACUGUCCACAUCGACGACAUACUAGUCCACGCCACCACUAUGCGGAAAUGCGCCGCCCUUGAAAGCAAGGUUCGACAGAUCCUCCGUGACCAUCAGAUCCUGGUCAACGAUGAAAAAUCCACCCCUACUAGCUUGGAAGUAGACUAUUGUGGUUUCCAUUACAGACAUGGAACGUGCACACCAAUUGGCAAAACCGAGGCAAUCGCGAGCUGGCCAACGCCCACCAAUCAAACCUCCCUCCGGACGUUUUUGGGCCAGACGCUUAUGUUCAGGGAUAACAUACCUAGGCUUCAUGCGAAACAGGUAACAACGUUCGAAUUCCAAAGUGGCCAGCUUGGGAUCCUCUGCGAAUACGAGACGCAGGUACCCCUGCAAGCCCACCGGGAACAGCAGCGCACUGUUUGUCUCAGAGGACCCAGCCUCGACCCACCGGCCGAUGGCGCAGGCUACGGCAGACUGGCGAAUAUGACGCUUGGAUAAGAUUUCCCAAAAUGGAUGCCCAAUCAAUAUGCACCCCCGAGCACAAAGUA